CAAUUGUAACAAUUCAAUUUGCAUUGGUUGGUUGGUGGGUGGUGGUACGAUUCCUAUACCAAGUUUCUCGGAUGCAAGACUUUGACGUCAUAGUUGUGGGAGCAGGAGUAGCAGGAGCUUCUUUAGCUACAGUUUUGGGCAGAAAUGGUAAGAGAGUGCUAUGUGUAGAACGUGAUCUCCAAGAGCCAGAUAGAAUAGUGGGAGAACUGCUUCAGCCCGGAGGUUGUCGGAAAUUAGUUGAACUUGGUCUAGAAGAGUCUUUAAAAGAUAUAGAUGCUCAGAGUGUAUUUGGAUACGGUAUUUUCUUGCGUGAUAAGAGAACAAAAGUGUAUUAUUUGCCAAGAGAACAACAAGCGUUGACAGCCCAGCAAGAAGAAGAGGCCGCUUCCUUUUCCGAAAAUAUGUGCGUAGGAAGAAGCUUUCAUAAUGGAAGAUUUGUCCAAAAGCUGCGCAAUUUGGCUAUUCGAGAGAAACUUGUCACGCUUGUUCAAGGAAACGUGUGUGACCUUAUUAUGAAAAACACGAGUACGAAUCUCGAGACGGAAACGGAAUUGACAGGUGUUGAAGACAGUUUUUCGAACGUUGUAGUAACUGGAGUCAAGUAUAAAAACAAGCAAGGUGAUUUCGUGAAUGCACAAGCACCUUUGACGAUAGUUUGUGAUGGUUGCUUCAGUCGUUUCAGAAGCAGAGUUAACAAGGCUGCAGAGUUUAAAGUGUUUUCAUAUUUUGUUGGUUUGGUACUUGAAAAUUGUUCGUUGCCAUAUCCAAACUUUGGCCACGUUAUUCUAGGGGAUCCGGCCCCCGUGUUGUUUUAUCCAAUUUCAUCCACAGAGACACGUUGUUUGGUUGAUAUUCCUAGCAAGUUUAUGCAACAAGAAGGAGGUAGUUGGACCACCGAAUCGUAUAUGCGUGAUGUAGUGGCUCCUCAAUUACCAGAUGAAUUAAAAGAGGCAUUUUUGGUAUCAGUAUCAAAGGGAAAAUACAAAAUGAUGCCUAAUAGGGUAAUGCCUGCCAGACCUGCUUCUUUGCCAGGAGUUAUUCUUCUCGGAGAUUCUUUUAAUAUGAGACACCCUUUAACUGGGGGUGGAAUGACAGUAGCACUUUCAGAUAUAGUUUUACUCAAUCAGUUAUUAUCACCUCUGCCUGACUUUGGUGAAUGGGAUUCUGUCGAUAGAGCUCUACGAGAAUUUUAUCGAGAAAGAAGAAAAUAUUGUUCCACAAUCAAUAUUUUGGCUAAUGCCUUAUACGGUGUAUUUUGUGCCACGGGUAGUGAAGAAUCAGAUGAGAUGCGUUCAGCUUGCUUCGAUUAUUUAGCAAAAGGAGGAAGGUUUGCUACAGACCCAGUCUCCAUGUUGGGUGGUUUACAGUCCAGUCCCUACUUACUUUUAACACAUUUCUUUGCCGUUGCCUUGUAUGGUUGCGGAAGACAGUUGAAGUAUUUUCCCAACAUGGGACGUAUCAGAGCAAGUUGGUGUCUCUUCAGACAUGCAUUCAACAUUGUGAAGCCUCUUAUUGAUGAUGAAAAUGUCACGUUCCUAAGCAAGAUUCCAAUUUCCCAUAUCUAGUUGGCUUGCGUGGUUUUUGUCGAGAAGAUACGUGAUCGAC